AAGAUGGCGUCGUCCAGCGGCUUGUGGCUCUUGGCUGUCGCUUUCCUGCCGGGGUCCUGCGCUUCCCUGGCGCUGGGGCAUCUUGACCCGCCGGCCCCGCUGCCUCUGGUGAUCUGGCAUGGGAUGGGAGACAGCUGUUGUAAUCCCUUAAGCAUGGGUGCUGUUAAAAAAAUGGUCGAGAAGAAAAUACCUGGAAUUUACGUCUUGUCUCUAGAGAUUGGGAAGACCCUGGUAGAGGAUGUGGAGAACAGCUUCUUUUUGAAUGUCAACUCCCAAGUAACAACGGUGUGUCAGAUUCUUGCUAAGGAUCCUAAAUUGCAGCAAGGCUACAAUGCUAUGGGAUUCUCCCAGGGAGGCCAAUUUCUGAGGGCAGUGGCUCAGAGAUGCCCAUCACCUCCUAUGAUCAAUCUCAUAUCAGUUGGGGGACAACAUCAAGGUGUUUUUGGACUCCCUCGGUGCCCAGGAGAGAGCUCUCACAUCUGUGACUUGAUCAGAAAAACACUGAAUGCUGGAGCUUACAACAAAGCUAUACAAGAACGCCUGGUGCAAGCAGAAUACUGGCACGACCCCAUAAAGGAGGACAUAUACCGCAACCACAGCAUCUUCUUGGCAGAUAUUAAUCAGGAGAGAGGUGUCAAUGAGUCCUACAGGAAAAACCUGAUGGCCCUGAAGAAGUUUGUGAUGGUGAAAUUCCUCAACGAUUCCAUUGUGGACCCUGUGGAUUCUGAGUGGUUUGGAUUUUACAGAAGUGGCCAAGCCAAGGAAACCAUUCCCUUACAGGAGAGCACCCUGUACACACAGGACCGCCUGGGGCUAAAGGCAAUGGACAACGCAGGACAGCUGGUGUUCCUGGCUCUUGAAGGGGACCAUCUUCAACUGUCUGAAGCAUGGUUUUAUGCCCACAUCAUACCCUUCCUUGAGUGA